UCCGGUUCAAAAACACGUCCUUUCCGGUCUAACAACAACAGCGAAACACGACGUAAACAAACCGGACAAACGCGGUUCUAAAAACAGGGCUCGGAUGUGCCGUUAGCCCGGCUUGGUUCGGUUCGGGUGGAGGAGUGACGGUUACCAUGGUGAAGUGCGUUGUCUCUGGGUGUCCGAACCGCGAGGCGGUGAGCGUCAACCGGGGGGUCUUCCACCGAAAACCGAAGAGGUUCUUCAACUUCCCCAAAGACCCAGCACGGGUCAAGGUAUGGCUGGCAGCGCUGAGGGAGACUAACAAGCAGGACUCGACAGAGCAGCAUUUAAUCUGUGAAGACCACUUCCUGCCGGAGGACAUCUCCAAAAACGGGGUCAACAGCGAUGCCAUUCCCAUCAUGCCCCCCUACCUGGACGGGCCUAUGGGCCUGAUUAGCCCCUGGGGAGCCGAGUCAUCUGAGGAGGAGGAGGAUCAGUGGACCAACGCUGGCGGCUGCGAUGAUGACGAGGCCAAUGAAGGUGAUGAUGCUCCUGCUCAUGUGGAGCCUCCGGUGCCAGCACCUCAUGCAGUGGAUCCACCACAGCAGGAUCUAGGUGCCAACAAGACUUCAGGGGCCAAGACCACUGGUGUCACCCCGCAUCAGAAGAAAGAAGGGAUCCAGACCACGAGAGCCACCAGACAGGACGUGUCCUUGGGGAUGCUGACGCAGCGUUUCCUGGAGCUGUUGCUGACGGCGCCGGACGGCUCACUGGACCUCCGGCAGGUGACCACGAGCCUGCAGACCCGCAGGCGGCGAGUCUACGACAUAACCAACGUCCUGGAAGGCAUCAACCUCAUCGAGAAGCAGUCGACCAACAGAGUCAAGUGGAUAGGAAGCUGUCACAUCUCCAACUUUCUGUGGAUGAGCCAGCAGAGGGUCCAGAAGGAGCUGGACAACCUGAAGCUGGUGGAGAACACGCUGGACACCUUCAUCAAAAGCUGCGCCCAGCAGCUCUUCGACAUGACCGACGACUUGGAAAACGCUGCGUCGGCCUACGUGACCCACGAGGACGUCAGCCGGCUGGCAGCCUUCCAGGGGCAGACGGUGCUCGUCGUCAAAGCUCCGGAGGAAACCAAGUUGGAGGUUCCUCCGCCCAAAGAGGACAACAUCCAGAUCCAUCUGAAGGGGGGGAAGGGUCCCAUCAUGGUGACGACAUGUGAUAUUAAGACAGCAGACGCGACUGCAGAGAAGAGCGGCUGCUUCUUAACGCUGGAGGAAAGCCGGAUAAAGACGGCCACGCUGCACACAGAGUCCUCGAGUCCGCAGAGCGCUGUGCAGAGCGCAUAGCCCCCGGCUGGCCACCAGGUGGCGCCAGCUCUCCUCACAGUUCAUACCCGAGCCCGGACAACCUACAGAAGCCUAAAUACCGAGAGAUCGUCUCCAGGAAGGUCGGAGGGAAAUACAGUUCACUGACUGUGGUACAAUAUUUAAAUACUCAGCUGGUAUGUGUUCAUAUCAGCUAAAAACUUGCACCAAAAUCAUCAAAUCCAAACUGAUCAGGGGCAAAUAAAGAUGUUUUGACAUUGGAUUCAACAUGGAAACCAUUAUGGACCAAUGUGCUUUUCACCAUCGCAAACCUUU